GUGGACGGGGGGAAGGGGAGAGGCGACCAUUCUCGGAUGCCCCGUCGGACCGUGGUGGGUGCGUUAGGCCUAGCGCAGCAGCGUUUGUGUGUGGGCCGGCGGCGAUGCGGCCUCGACGACGAUUCCGCCGCCGGGGCUGGGCCUAGGCUUCAACGGGAACCCAUGCGCAGCCCGGGCCGGGCCGCCAGCGCUCGGCCAUGGCUCGCUCGGGAUCGCGCGAGCUCAUCUCGCUGGGACAGCCGCGGCCGGGCGUCGCCCGGCGCCAGAACGAGUACAUCGAGACCCCGCUGAGGAGCAAGGAUGCGGCGGCGGCGGUGGUGGCGCAGCAGCCGGCGGCCAAAAAAGUGGCUGCCGGCCACGAGGACUCCAUCAUCUGCGGCCGCUGCGGACGAUGCCGCUGCGACGCGUGCCAGGGCCCGCGGCCGCUGCCCUCUCGCUGGGUGUGCGGCGAUAAGGUGCACUGCUCGGCCGGGGCGCUGGUCGACUGCUGCUCGUGCGUGUGUUGCGCCAAGGGCCUCUUCUACCACUGGGCCAAGGACUACGACCUGGACACGGACGUGUCGUGCGCCGACCAGCCCUGCUCGUGCGCUCCGCACCGGCGCUGCGCGCGGUGGGCUUGCCUCGGCCUCCUCAGCCUGCUGCUGCCCUGCCUCUGCCUGUACUGGCCACUGCGCGGGUGCGUCAAGCUCUGCGAACUGGGCUACGCGGCCUGCGCGCGCUCGGGCUGCCGCUGCGAGCGACAACACGCCGAGGAGGCCGCCGGUUCGCGGACGCUGCUUCAGCCGCAGGAAUUAUUACGCCGUUAGGCCUCGCGGGCGAGGCGGCGUUGUGCGUGUGUGUGUGUGCUCCUGGCUGUCGUUGUGCGAGCGUCGACGUCGUGCCCCGCUGGAACAAGCGUGAGUGUUGGCAAAAUCUCGCGCAGAUAAGGCGCCCAAUCAGCCCCCCGCCAGUGCUAACAAAAAAUACCCUGUCGGCGCCACCGCUUCGACUGCCUGGCGGAGCGAGCAGACGAUGCUGCUGCUCUCGUCUGUGGAGUGCUCCGCGCCGUGGAACCCUCAAACCUUGUGUCCAUUUUGUACAGUAGGAACUCCCCCCCUUCCCUUCGUAGAAGAGUUUAUGCGUGCAAGAAGACGCAAGUUUCGCCAAUUUCGCCUCUAGUUGUUCUUUCUAUUAUUAUUUUUUUUCUUCCCCCCCAUGCUCAUCCUUCGUGCGCGGCGAAGCGAGACGAUCUGUGUGUCUUUUUCAACUCUGUGUGUCUCUGUUACGGGUAAAAUUUCGGAGCACCUCCGUUUGUCUUCCUAAAUACAUCAGGCAGCUUUACGUACCUUUUUACGACGAGGACCCGAGAUGCGUUCGAGUGCGCUUACAGCUCGCCAUCCGCUCGUCAAUCCCAUGCAUUUAAACCCACUCACAGGGCUCCACGUCGGGCAUAACUUUGUUUUACCGAGCCGCCAGAAUAAACGCAUUUAAGCGAGGCGGGGCGCGGAAUUCAGGUCCGUUCGACCCACACACCGGGGGCCGACGGCGGCCAUGUUUUCAGAUCGGUUAGCCCCAGACGCCGUUUUCCCGCCCUAGCAGCCGUCGCGCUACCACCACCUGUAGGAAAACCACGGCGAGAGCGAUCCGAAAGCGUGUCUUCCUGUCCGUUCAUGCCACGAGCCCCAUCGUGGACGUUAACUCUUCCGAGCUAUGCUUCCUCUAAAAAAAAUCACGGCCUCUGUAAACUUUCCGGGCUUCCUCACUACUACCAAAAAAAAAAAGAAAAGAAAAACUCGUCGCACUCUCGCAAGUGCCGAAAGGAGAUCGCAGUCGUCAGCUCUGAGUGCCACCCCCGAAAUGAAACUGGCGUGCCUUUUGAUGGCAUUUUCUCGUCUAUCCUCAAGCCCCCUACGCACACAGGGGCUGGGCCGUGACGUGGCGGGUCACGGAGUAGGCGGCCCCGUUCGUUCGUUGUCGCGAGCGCACAACUCCUCGCUGACAGUUUUUUUUUUUUUUUUGCUCGCCGCCGCGCUCCUUCCCUUCCUUCCCACCCCCGACACUGUUUCCACCCCCACCCCCCUCUUUUGUGUAUUGUGAGCGAUGAUGACGGAAACCUGUUCCCUUGUACAAAUGUAUUUAACAAAGCUUGUUUUACAUUUUUAUUUUUAUUUUUGCAGUUACGUUGUCUAAUUUACACAGUAGACGGCAGCAGUCAACGAGUCCCGUUGUUUUCUUCUCAGGUGUACGUACGAUGUUGUUAAGACUGUGUGUGUUGUUCGAAAUAGAGAAAUGACCCCGUUUGGCAUGCCCCUUA